AUGGAUACCUGCAGUCACCUGCCAACAUACAAAAAAAGACGGGACUCUACUCUGGCAGAAAAAGUAAAAAUUCUGGAACUUCUGCAGCAGCCCAAAGCCUCUCAGUCAUCAGUGGCUAGAAAUAUGGGCUUAUCACAGUCUACCAUUAGUAGAGUCAUGAAAAAGAGAGAUGAGAUAUUAGAGCGCUGGAACCAGAACGAGAACCCAAGCCGUAAACGAAAUAGACCCUUUAAGCACGCCAAAGUAGAUGAAGCGCUGCUAGAAUGGCUUCUCUUUGCCAAGGCCAACAAACUGCCCAUUUCUGGACCUAUACUCAUGAGGCAGGCAGAGGUAAUUGCCAAGGAGAUUGGCUGCCCACAGUUCAAGCCUUCCAAUGGAUGGUUGUGGCGAUGGAAAGAGAGAUAUCGACUGUUCUAUAGAGGAGACCUUCUACUAGGGGAGAAAAGACAAAGCAGAUAUGUUAAAAUCCUACCGAAACCUACGCCAAUUAUCAAAAUGGAGUCAAAUAGUGCAAUGGAUAAAAGAUUUGCUGGUUGCCAUUUAACAACUGUCAGACAUGUUCAAGGAGAACGAGAUGUUCACAUGCAGUCACAGCACUAUAGCCAAUGUGUCCAAAGCAAUUCUUUAAGCAGGUCUGUGCUUCUAGCUCGAAUUUCUAAAGAUUACCAUUUGGAUGAUAUUUUCUGUGCUGUAGGGUCUCCUUUUCAAUUCAGAUUCAUGUCAAGACCAGGGAUGACCUUAGAACCAAAGGAGACUGUCUGCAUCUGGUUCUGUUGCAACAUGGAUGGUACAGAAAAGCUUAAACUGUUAGUUACUCACAAUCUUCCAGCAGGAUCCUUGGGAACUCACUGUCUUUCUCCUGUAUCUCUGAAGCCCAGUGAAAAUGGUUGCUUGACUGAUCCGUUGCUCGUUGAGUGGCUUUUGAACUGGGAUGCCAAACUUGGUAGACAGGAAAGGAAAAUUUUGCUGGCCUUUACCACCCAAAAUGCUGGGCCAAAAGUGAAACUUCGAAACAUCUCGCUGUGUAUUUUCCCAAAACAAAAUCCUUCGACGGGCCAUCAUUUUGGAGAAGAGUUGGUUAGUGAGUUCAACAUAUUUUACAGACAGUUUCUUCUUGAGAGACUGAAAGAAGACACCAACAUUGGAGUGAGAACUGAGAUAUCCAUACUUCAGAAAAUGAGUGAGAUUACCCUUGUGGAGGCUAGUUAUACCAUGAACAAGGCAUGGUUAAGGAUAACACCUCAUACUAUUACAUCCAGUUUUCAGAAGCAAGAAGCUAUCAGAAUUCUUUGUUCGACCAAAAAUGAUCCACCAGAGGCAAGACCUCAUGAGGUCAUAUCUUUCCCCAUUUCACAAGAGAGCAACAGUAAUGUUGUCAAUUCUGCUGUAUUAACUGCAGGUCAGGUAUCCUACAGAACAAUCACUAUUAAAGAGGAGAGCGACGAUGAACAUGCAAACCUUGAGUAUGAACCCUUGUGUACCGGUCUAUCGUUUUCAAACCAAAAAGCAAAAGUUGCCUUUCCAACUAUUGGUGAAAAGCCAAAGCUUACAGGUUUAAGGCCACGUCCAAAAGUUAAAGAUAUAAAAGGAGACUCCAACUUUGUUGUCAAAACCGAAGACAAAAGGCAGCUUAUCGAUGUUCAGGAGGUCAGGCAAGCUUGUGAUGUAAUUCAGUGUUUUUUGUCAAGUGGAAACCAAGACAUGACUAUUUUUUGUGCACUGCAGAACCAAAUUGAGAGAUGUUUGGCCAACUCAAACAGUAAGAAAAAAAUGUAAUUGCAUGAUAAGGAAGUAAUACAGCCAUAAAGGCUAUAACUCCUU